ACUGCGUGGGUGGUGCUUCUGCGCUGCCGCCCUGGGAUUUUGUUUUGGCACGGAGGACGCUGGCCUGGCGGCUUUGUGGCUCUUGCCGUUGGGUGGGCGGCAUCUUGGGGCCCAGAUGAGCCAGUGGCAUCAUGCCCGCGGCGGCUGGGGCCAGGGGCACGUGUUCUCUGGGCGUCGCUCAGCCAAGAAGAAGCGCGGAAACCACGUCCCGGAAAGGUGGAAAGACUACCUCCCAAUUGGACAACGGAUGCCUGGGACUCGUUUCAUUGCUUUCAAAGUUCCUUUGAAAAAGAGUUUUGAAAAGAAUCUUGCUCCAGAAGAACGUUUUUCACCGUUGGAUCUUUUUAACAAAAUCCAAAACCAGAAUGAAGAACUUGGGCUGAUUAUUGAUUUAACUUAUACUCACCGCUAUUAUAAACCAGAGGACUUACCAGAAACUAUUCCUCACUUAAAAAUUUAUACAAUUGGGCAUCAGGUGCCUGAUGAUGACACUAUUUUUAAAUUCAAAUGUGCUGUUAAUGAGUUUUUAAAAGAAAAUACAGACAAUGACAAACUUAUUGGUGUUCAUUGUACCCAUGGUUUAAACAGGACUGGCUAUCUCAUCUGCAGAUAUUUGAUUGAUGUACAAGGCAUGAGGCCAGAUGAUGCAAUUGAAUUAUUCAAUAGGUGCCGCGGACAUUGCUUAGAAAGACAAAACUACAUUGAAGACCUUCAGAAAGGUCCCAUCAGAAGGAAUUGGGAUUCCAGUAUAUCCAGAUCAAGUGGUUUUGAAGACACAACACAUAUGAUGGAACCAGUCCACACCACUAUUAAAUCUGUUAACCAAGGACAUUGGUAUAACCUACAUCAGACCCAAGGUUACCCAGUACCUUCUCGGCAUUUCCACAGCCAGAUCCAAGAUUUGCAGCAGUCAGUAAGAAAAUUUUCACAGAAUCAGAAUGUUUACCAGAGAGGCCAUAUCCCUCCUCCUGGUCCCGCUGGAGAGGACUAUUCACAAAGGAGGUACUCUUGGAACGUAAAGCCAAAUGCCAGUCAAGGAGCCCAGAAUGCAAUGUGGUAUCCUGGCAGUUAUUACAGACUGUCCUAUCCAACCUAUUGUGGGUGGACCGAAUGACACAAACCUGUCCUGGAAAUCUUCCUGUAGGCAGAGCAGGACUGAAGACAGCUGGAGUGGCUUCGUAUAAGAUCAGGCCAAAUGAGGUUUAUAAUCUAUUUUAUUGCUCCCUUAUGUGUUCAUGCUUAAAGAAAAAUGACAUUGAUACUUACCUCUUUGCUGAUAAAUUUACAGUAUUUGCAACAGUAAAGGAAAUAAUCUGUCAUCCAGUCUUAAAUUUUUUUAAGGAAGCUGGUAUUGUAGAACUGAUAAUAUAAUAAAGAAUUUCCCGUGUAAAUUA